UCCGCUGGUUCGUUUCUUGGCAACAUCGCGAUUCGCAAUUGUGCAUCGACUAUUGACGAUCUUGCCAAAUUACCGUCGAUGUUGUGGUGCCAACUUGGCUCAAGAGUGUUCUCCGGUUCGAGUUGUACAAGUUCAGGCCUUUCUCGGUUGAGUUCCAGUCAUCAUUGCUAUGGAUCUCGCCCAGUCUGCAUAUCACCAGAUCUCUGACACAAGGAGCUCCAUCGACGACUUGGGCGCGGGCCAGCGGCGUGGCCACAGGAGUUCGCUCAGCAGCGUCGACGGGGAGGGAACUUCUUCGAGGAAGCCUCAUCGACAACGCGGUAGAGUUUGAGUCGUGGGCUGUCGAGUGGGCAUGUGUCCGCGGCCCCGAGCUUCCUGGCAUGAUGUUCCUGCAUAAGGUCGUGCUCCACUGCACGGUCUCCGUCGGCCUCGCGGCGGCCGCGCUGUGCCUCCUGAGCGCGCUGGGCCUGGCGGCCUCCGCGCAGCGGGACCCGGACCCGGCAUGGGAGGGCCCCGUCGGCCGAGGCGGAUACUCGACGGACGAUGUGUGGAAGAGCCGCCGCUGGCGCCUGCGGCGCCCCCGCUGGGAGGCGCGUGCUGGCCACGGGGCGCGCCAGGGCAGGCCUGGCGGGGACGGCUCGCAGGCGCACUCAGCGCUCCGCCUGGCUGGGCGGGUGCAGCCACGGCCGAGCCGAGGGCCUCCAAGCUUGUCGGCCCUGGGUUGGGCCGCCCUCGGGCCAUUCUGUUCCCGACCUCCUCGCUCCUUCCCUCGCAUCCCCGUCCCACUCCACCAGUCUCCUCGUCCUGCUCCCUCUCUCCCUUCACGGAUCUUCCUCUCCCUUGCCUUCUCCUCCCUUGCUCCCCGCUUGCUGUCUCCCAUCAGUCCCUUCCCGCCUGCCCGCACGCCUGCUUCGUCCUGCCGGCCCUGGCCCCACGCUUGGGCGUUCGCCGUCGUCGGCGUGCGUCUCGUUCCCUUUUCUCCCUCUCCUUCGCCGCGUAGCACAGACCGCCAGGAGCCGGCGUCUCUGGGGCUCCGUCUCAGGCUGCGCGAGCUCCGCGUUGCUGGAACAUGGCACUGGAGCCGAUCUUGGUCGCGCUGCGCUUGGGCCGACCUUGAUCCGAUUAUGAUCGCAUUGUGCUUCUCUCCCCCCUCCCCCUCAGUAUCGUUUAGCCGACACCAAUCCCCAUCACCAUCCCGAGCCCGACGAUCUCAGCAUCCCAGUUGGGGAUAUACCCGUCGGAACCCGAAGUAAACAGCCGACAACCCCAUUUAGGGGGGAAAUCGGCCAGUGGGGCCCAUGCCACGC